AUGUACGCGCGCUGCGCCCGCAAGAUCAGCAGCGUCAAGAAGCUGGACCUGACAGCCAUGCGCGGUGAGACGACCGAGCUCAACGCACCAAUACACAGGUGUGCAAAGGUUGCUGCGGACACGGACACGCAGUACAAGGCGAGCCAGGGCCGCAUGAGGUGGAGUCGGAGAGUCUGCGUCUGCGUCGGCGUCUGGCCCGGUGGCUACUGCUACUGUGAACAUGUCGAGCUGAUCUUCUGUUCAUGCUGGCACUGCUGCUAUGAGCGGUGCUUCUGCUGCUGGUGGGGCAAUUCGCGCUGGCGCGUCGGCGGAGAGGAGGCGAGUAUUAUGUCGAGCGCUGCAGAUAGCGACCAUGGGCAAAAGGCGGGCCAACAGGUGCAGCAGGAGGACGAGGACCUGGUGAUGAUCAUCGCGUCGGACGACGAAAUGUUCAGUGUCGAGGACAGCUCGGACUCGGAGGAAGAGCAGGAAGGCGCGGGGCUCAAGGGCGCCCAGCCGAAGGAGAACGAGAUCGCCGAAGACUUUAAGUUCGACGACGGCGGCGCCUUCCACACGUCAGGCGGCAGCUCGUGGGACUUCACGGCCGCCAUCUCGCGCAUCGAGAAGAUGGAGCGCCGCACCCCCGCGGCCACCAGGCGCACGCCCAUCCAGGCCAAGAUCGAGAAGCGCCACAAGGAGAAGGACACCAAAAAACCGGCCACGAGAACAGUGACUCCGAGGAAGAAGAAGAGAAGGAGGAGUGAGGACGAGAUGGAGGAGGAGUCGGAGUCCUCUGAUGACGAGAAGGAGGAGCAGGAUGUGGAAGAGGACGACGUUGUCGUGGAGGAGGUGAAGCGUCUCCAAUCGCUGCUGAAGGACAGCAAGAAAGAUCAGCAGUCGAGUGAAGAGCUGGUGGACGCGUUGGAGAAGAAGGCUGCCGAGUUCUUCGGGACGGACCCUUUCGCUGCCGAGGAGUUCGGCAAGACCAAGUUCAAGCCUUUCGCCGACUUGAAGCUGUCUCGCCCUAUUAUGCAAGCCAUCUAG